AUUUAUUUCCUACACUUCCUCCAUUUUUCUUCUUCUCAUCUUCAAUCCGAGCUUUCCUCUUCAUUCCUCUCAGUGUGUGAAUCGCCUACUCGGUGGGAUCUGCUGGUGAGCUCCGAUAUGUAUAUAAAGCAGGUUAUCAUUGAAGGAUUCAAAAGCUACAGAGAGCAAGUUGCUACAGAGACUUUCAGUCCUAAGGUUAACUGUGUGGUUGGUGCAAAUGGAUCUGGGAAAAGCAACUUCUUCCAUGCAAUUCGUUUUGUGUUGAGUGACAUCUUCCAAAAUCUGCGGAGUGAAGACAGACAUGCAUUACUCCAUGAAGGCGCUGGGCAUCAAGUAUUGUCCGCAUUUGUGGAGAUUGUAUUUGAUAAUUCCGACAACCGCAUCCCGGUUGACAAGGAGGAAGUUCGCUUGCGCAGAACGAUUGGUCUGAAGAAGGAUGAAUAUUUUUUGGAUGGGAAACACAUCACGAAAAAUGAGGUUAUGAAUUUACUGGAGAGUGCUGGAUUUUCUCGUUCUAAUCCUUACUAUGUUGUGCAACAAGGAAAGAUAGCUUCAUUGACAUUGAUGAAAGAUGCGGAACGGCUAGAUCUACUAAAAGAGAUUGGUGGUACUCGUGUUUAUGAAGAGAGAAGACGUGAAAGUCUAAAAAUUAUGCAGGAAACUGGGAACAAAAGAAAGCAGAUAAUCCAAGUUGUCCAAUAUUUGGAUGAAAGGCUAAAGGAAUUGGAUGAAGAGAAAGAAGAACUCAGAAAAUAUCAGCAACUUGACAAGCAGAGAAAAUCGUUGGAAUUCACCAUUUAUGACAAAGAACUCCAUGAUGCUCGGGAGAAACUAGAACAAGUUGAAGUUGCUCGGACCAAGGCAUCUGAAGAGUCAACUAAGAUGUAUGAUAGGGUUCUGAAGGCCCAAGAAGAUGCCAAGAGCCUAGAUGGGUCACUGAAAGAACUCACGAAGGAGCUCCAAACUUUGAAUAAGGAGAAAGAAACUGUUGAAGCACGGCAAACUGAAGCUAUGAAGAAGAAGACAAAGCUGGAACUGGAUGUGAAAGAUUCUCAGGAGCGGAAGUCCGGUAAUGUCCAGGCUAAGAAUGAUGCAAUCAAGCAGCUUCAUAUGGUAGAAAGAGAAAUACAGGACUCUAUGGAGGAACUGGAGAAGAUUAAUCCUUUGUAUGAAAGCCAAGUUGAAAAAGAGAAACGGAUAACAAAAGGAAUCAUGGAGCGUGAAAAGCAACUUAGUAUUCUUUAUCAGAAACAGGGCCGUGCCACUCAAUUUUCUAGUAAAGCUGCCCGAGACAAAUGGCUACGGAAGGAAAUAGAAGAUCUGGACCAUGUGCUAAGGUCAAAUGUGGCCCAAGAGCAAAAAGUUCAGAUUGAAAUAGAUCGUCUCAAUAAGGAGCUGGCAGAGUGGGACGUAUACAUCAAAGGUCGUGAAACUGAUAUUAAAAAUUCAGAAUCCCAGAUCUCUCAGUCUCGUGAAGCAUUCAAUAUAAAGAAGACAGAGAGGGAUGAGGAACAAGGAAAAAGAAAGGUAAAAUGGGGAGAAGAAAGUCAGUUAUCUGCUGAAAUCGAGAAGCUGAAAACUGAAGUUGAAAGAGCAAAGAAGAACCUUGAUCAUGCAACUCCAGGCGAUGUAAGGAGAGGGUUGAGCUCUAUCCGACGGAUCUGCCAAGACUAUCGGAUCAAUGGUGUUUUUGGUCCUAUUGUUGAGUUGCUUGAUUGUGAUGAAAAAUUUUUCACUGCAGUAGAAGUCACUGCAGGAAACAGCCUAUUUCAUGUGGUAGUUGAGAAUGAUGACAUCUCUACACAAAUAAUUAGACACCUGAAUUCGCUAAAGGGUGGACGAGUGACCUUUAUACCGCUGAACAGGGUAAAGGCACCCCAUGUGAAUUAUCCACAAAGUUCUGAUGCAAUACCUUUGCUGAAAAAGUUAAAGUUUGACUCCAAAUUCACAUCUGCGUUUGCUCAGAUUUUUGGUAGAACUGUAGUAUGCCGAGAUCUAAAUGUGGCAACAAGGGUUGCCCGGAGUGAUGGCCUGGAUUGCAUAACUUUGGAAGGCGACCAAGUGAGCAAAAAGGGCGGCAUGACCGGCGGAUUUUAUGAUCAUAGGCGGUCAAAAUUGAGAUUCAUGAAUAUUAUAGUGCAGAAUACAAAUUCUAUAAAUGCCAAGGAGAAGGAACUGGAGCAUGUUCGAACACAAUUGCAAGUGAUAGACCAGAAUAUUACAAAGCUAGUCACUGAGCAGCAAAGACUUGAAGCAGAAUGGACGCACUGCAGAUCUCAGGUGGAACAACUCAAGCAGGAGAUUGCAAAUGCAAAUAAGCAGAAACAUGCUAUACAUAAAGCUCUUGAGAAUAAGGAGAAGUCUCUCGUGGAUAUUAGGACGCAAAUUGAUCAGCUAAGAUCUAGUGUGUCAAUGAAGCAAGCUGAGAUGGGAACAGAACUCGUGGAUCACCUAACACCUCAAGAAAAAGAGCUGUUAUCACGACUAAACCCUGAAAUUAAGGAUCUUAAAGAGCAGCUUAUUGCAUGCAAGACAGACCGUCUAGAGACAGAAGCAAGAAAAGCAGAGUUGGAAACUAACUUAGCAACCAACCUAAAGAGGAGAAAACAGGAGUUGGAGGUAACCAUAAAUUCCAUUGAGGAUGACAAUUUGUCCAGUUCAGACGAACUAAAGAUCCAAGAACUUGAGGAUGCAAGAUCACUGGUUAAAGAGGCAACAGAGGAGCUCAAAAGUAUCUGUGACAGCAUUGACGAGAAGACGAAGCAAGUAAAAAAGAUCAAAGAUGAGAAAGCCAAAUUGAAGUCAUUGGAAGAUGACUAUGAUCGUACACUUCAAGAUGAGAAUAAAAAGCUGGAAGAACUAUUUAGCAGGCGGAACACACUCGUUGCUAAACAAGAAGAGUACACAAAGAAAAUUAGGGGAUUGGGUCCAUUGUCAUCAGAUGCUUUUGACACCUACAAGCGAAAGAACAUCAAGGAGCUGCAGAAGAUGCUUCACCGCUGCAGUGAACAACUGCAACAAUUCAGCCAUGUGAACAAGAAAGCGCUUGACCAGUAUGUAAACUUCACUGAACAACGAGAAGAACUUCAGAAAAGGCAGGCAGAGCUCGAUGCAGGAGACGAGAAAAUCAAAGAACUUAUAUCGGUUCUGGAUCAACGGAAAGACGAGUCUAUUGAACGUACUUUCAAGGGUGUUGCUCGACACUUUCGAGAAGUUUUCUCUGAACUUGUGGAAAAUGGACAUGGCCAUCUGGUCAUGAUGAAGAAAAAGGAUCGUGAUCACGAUGAUGAAGAUGAUGAUGAUGAUGAUGAUGGAACCCGCGAAGCUGAUCCGGAGGGAAGGGUCGAAAAAUACGUUGGUGUAAAAGUGAAGGUGUCAUUUACGGGUCAAGGGGAGACGCAAUCGAUGAAACAAUUGUCGGGAGGCCAAAAGACAGUUGUAGCACUUACCUUGAUUUUCGCCAUCCAGCGAUGUGAUCCUGCUCCGUUCUAUCUUUUUGAUGAGAUCGAUGCUGCACUGGAUCCACAGUACAGAACUGCUGUAGGCAAUAUGAUUCGUCGUCUAGCCGAUAUGGGAAACACGCAGUUCAUAACCACAACGUUUAGGCCAGAGCUCGUGAAAGUUGCAGAUAAGAUAUACGGCGUGACUCAUAAGAACAGAGUGAGCCGUGUUGGUGUUGUUUCCAAGGAGGAUGCAUUGGACUUUAUCGAGCAUGACCAGUCCCAUAACACUGAUUGAGGAAAAAGGAGGGGCUCCCACUGCAUCAAGAAUAUAUACAUAUAUAUAUAUAGUACGAGUUUGAUGUUUUUGGGAUAGUAUCUUAGAUAGAGCUAGUUUAAUGCUGCGAACAUCUGUCAGAACAUAUGAUACAACUGCUGCUGUGAAGGUUUCGGUUUGAUGUAAAGUCAGGUACUUGGUUGAAUCAGUAGGUAUCUUUCUGAGGUUUGGUUCUAGGAAUAUCCUUUGUCAAGGUCUGUAUAAAAAUCUGAUUUACCUUUAGAAUUGCGGUUUGUUCAUCCUUU